AUGGAUUCCUCACCAUUUCCAGACAUCAUUGACAAGGAGAGAGAUGACCCAAAUCUGAUAUCUGAGAGUGGAAACAAAAGGAAAGAUGCUCCGACAGAUGGUGGAGUUACUUCACAACUAGCCCAGCCAAAGAGAAAACCGAGUACAAGAUCUACUGUUUGGGGACACUUCACGAGAUUUGAUGAUAAUCUUAAGAGAUCACACUUUAUUGAUGUUUCUUGGCGACUGAGGAAGCUGAUUAUUGGGUUUAAGUACAUUACCGAUCACAAAGGAGCAACAAUAUCACGGGUUCUUCUUGACUGUUUGGCUGAGUGGGGCAUAGAGGAGAUUUUAACUGUGACAGUCGACAAUGAAACUACAAAUACUUCUCCUUUGAAGAAAUUUCAGGAGGCAUUCAGUUUAAGGAACAAUGAAGCAUUUGUUUUAAAUGGAGAGUGUAUGCAUAUGAGGUGUUGUGCUCACAUAAUCAAUUUGAUUGUUAGGGACGCUUUGCAUGGGUUGAGUGAAAAUGUGACAGCCAUACGCAAUGCAGUUCAGUAUGUGAGGUCUUCUACUUCAAGAUGUGAUUCCUUUGAGCAGAAAGUUGUCUCAGGGAAGAUGACUAGAGGGAGUUUACCGUUGGACAUCAAAACAAGGUGGAAUUCAACAUACUUCAUGUUGUCAAGAGCUAUUGAUUUUAGAUUGACAUUUGAUAGAAUGGAGGCGGAGGACAAGAUGUACAAUGACUACUUCAAUGAGGUCGAGAAUGGGAAGAAAAAGAUUGGGCUGCCUACAAGGACUGAUUGUAGUGCCAUAGAAAGGUUAGUGAGAUUUCUAAUCAUAUUCUACAAUUCUACUUCGGUUGUGUCUGCUUCAACCUCAGUUGCUUCUUAUAAGUGUUAUGGAGAGAUAGUGACUAUAGAGAGGAAUUUGAUGUCACUAAGCAAUAGUAUUGAUAGUGAUUUGAAAUCAAAAGCCGAUGCUAUGUUGUUGAAAUUUGAUAAGUACUGGGAUGGAAUGAGAAACAUCAAUAUUUUUCUGAUUGUUGCAAGUGUGUUUGAUCCACGGAAAAAAAUGCAAUUUGCUAAGAUGUGCUUUGAUAAGCUUUAUGGGAAAGAUACAUCAUAUUUGAAGGAGAUGAGUGAGAGAAUCACCACUUUUCUGACAUCUCUGUUUAAGGAGUAUAGCAAUCGUCUUUAG